AUGCUCCACCCUGGAAGUUUGGCCCAGCCUCGAAAGCAGCCACGCUUGGUCGGUCAACCAUGUUUCUCCGGUCUCGGAAAUACUCGAUCCGCCGCCUGGAAGCCAGCCGAGCCGCCUACCUCGCCGUCCCUGCCCGGCCGCCCGGAGCCAUCGGUAGACUGCCCUUUCACCCUGACCGGCCUGAAGGCUGACACCCGCGACCUGCCGCUGCCUGCCCCGCUUGGCGCCCGGCCGGCUGCUGUUCGCGCAGUAGCGCAGGGCGCAUCACCGUGCCCGGCUGACCGGACUGCUGGAGCCGCCCACUUCCAGUGCGCUCCACGGCCGCUUCCUCAGCCGCUGAUCCUCCGGUCCUCCCCAAUCCCCAUCCCCUGCUCAACUCAGAGAGGUUCGAUGGUAAUGAAAAAGACACCUAUCUGAAUAUGUGGAGCCUAGUUGAAGUGACGAAUUCAUUAGUGUUAUUGCUAUUUUUUCGUUGAUGUUUAUGUACUUUAUAAUUCAGACAAGAAGAUUUAUAGGUGUGACAGGCCUAAAGUGUCAAUACUUGAUCCCAAAUAUGUUGGUUCCACGAACAACAUAGAAGUGUUAAAUAGGCUGGUUCCAUGAACUCGCUCAAUACAUUGGUGUUGGUUGUCUUCUUUCCAAUACAUCAUGAGUUGCAGUA